UAUUACUCUAUGACAUGGUCAGCGUCUCACACAAAACACAAUGAAAAAAUAAUUAUAUUCAGUGAAAUUAUAUUAUAUUAUUAUUUAAAUUAUAUUCAGUGAACGAACUACCUAUUACUUUACUCACUCGACGUAUUCGAAUGUUUUGCAAUAAUCACUAAUAAUUAUUAUAAUAUAAUUAUUAUUCGUUAAUGUGAAAAUAACUAUAUAGUCGUAGAUUAGUGUAUUACUGGAUACAAUAAAUUAUAGUCGUUUGACACUUUCAAGUUUGCGGAUGAAUUUAGUAAAGUUUUUAUAAACAAGAAACUUCAAAUUGUUUAAACCUUAAUUGUAUCAAGAACCGGACUUAGUAAUAUAAUCAGCAAUGCAAAAUACAAAGCAAAUUUCGGAACCCAGUCAAUGUGACCAAGCCAAAUACGAGUAUAAGAAAACGUCGUAUACGGAGAUAUACAAAGUACUACAAACCUUACGCCAAGAUGAGGCUCUUUGUGAUAUAAAAUUAGAAACAGACGAUGGUGGAGUUAUAUUCGGCCAUAAAGUGGUUCUAGCAUCGGCUAGUCCAUAUUUCCUUGCAAUGUUUACGAAUUUUUUAGAAAAGGAUCAAGAUCUAGUUGCUAUCAGGCAGUUGGACUCUGGUGCCCUACACCUCUUAAUAGACUUUAUUUAUUCUGGGAAAAUCUCGAUCACUGAAACAAAUGUACAGAUUUUGUUGCCAGCAUCGAAUCUUUUGCAGUUACAAGAAGUGAAAAACGCAUGUUGUGAUUUUCUACAAGCACAACUAUGUCCAACAAAUGUUAUUGGGAUAAUUGCUUUAGCUGAUUUACAUAGCUGUACGAAAUUGUUAACAAGUUCAGAAUUAUAUUUUCAACAACACUUUUCGGACGUGGUAGAAGGAGAUGAAUUCCUAUCCUUAUCAUCUGAACAAAUCGUAAAGUUAAUCGCCAGUGAUGAACUUAUAGCUCCAUCUGAAGAAAAAAUAUUUGAAAGUGUUAUCCAGUGGGUAGAACAUGAUUUGGAUUCCAGAAAACAAAUUUUGCCCCAAUUAAUGGAACAUGUGCGUUUACCGUUAACAUCGAAAGAUUACAUAUUAAAAAAUGUAGUUGAUGAACCUCUUCUUAAUAAUUGUUUUAAAUGCAAAGAUUACAUACUUGAAGCAUUACGUUUUCAUUUACUCAAGUCAGAAGAAAUUAUCACAAUUCCACAUAACAUCCGGACUAAACCUAGACAGCCUGGUGGUACACACAAAGUUAUUUUAGUUGUUGGUGGAUCAGGGACGGAUCUAUUUCAUGACGUAUUAGAUAGUACAGAAUGGUAUGACCCAAAAAACAACCAAUGGCAGACUGGACCAAAAAUGAUUACACCACGUUAUGCCGUUCGUCUAGCUGUAGUAAAUGAUAAUUUUGUGUUAUGUUUGGGUGGUAGAAAUUCCGAAUCAACUUUACAAUCAGUUGAUGGGAUAGAUUUAUAUUCAGAUUCACCUCAUUGGAGACCAACCUAUGACAUGUUAAGUAAACGUUGGGGGUUUGCAGUUGGCGUGAUAAAUAAUUAUAUUUUUGUUGUUGGCGGUCAUGCUGAAUAUAGUUUUUUAAACAGUGCAGAAGUUUUUAACUGCAGAACUCAAGAAUGGCAUACAAUAUCUAAUAUGUCUACUAAACGAGCUGGUCAUGGGCUUGGAGUACUGAAUAAUCUUUUAUAUGCGGUAGGAGGUUUUGAUUCAGAGCAUGAAUUAAACUCCGUCGAAUGUUAUCAUCCCAGUCUUAAUAAAUGGACACCAAUUACAGACAUGUGUGUACGCCGCAGUGCAGUGGGUGUUGGAGUAUUAAAUGGUAUAAUCUAUGCUGUGGGUGGUUGGGAUGGACAUCAGGUUUGGAGUAGUGUCGAAGCAUACAGUCCAAGUACAGGAGUUUGGUCUACAAUUCCGGACAUGCAUUUGAGUCGACGUGGUGCUGGUGUAGCUGUAUUAGGUGGAUUAUUGUAUGUCGUCGGUGGUCAGGACAGAGCUUCUGUUCUGGAUUCUGUAGAAUAUUACAACCCUAAAACUAAUACCUGGACCAUGAUCACAGCGUCGAUGAAUGUUGCUAGGUCGUUUGCAGGAGCUGUAGCCAUUGAUGUUCCACGAUAUUUUAAAACUUGUUAGCAUUCAUAUUUUUUUUUAUUCAAUAUAUUACUACUGUAUCAUAUUGUAAAUAAUAUCUUUAUUGUUUUUCUAUUAAUUUAAAGUGUUUGAAUGUUUUAUGAAAAGGUUUUUCGUACCUACACUAUAAAUAGAUGGCCAAUGAUAGGCCACCAUAAUUUGAUGGCAAAGAGGCCAAAAGUUGUACCUAUGUACAAUUUUUCUCAAAAUUGUUUUAUAAGUAUUAGGUUAAUCUUAUAUAAAUAUCAAUUGGACAAAUUUAACAACACAUGCUUCUUUUGUCAAAAACAACUCGUUUAAUAUUUUGUACUUGUAAUGUUAUUGAUAAUAUAGAAUAUGUUUAUCUAUUCAUGUAAAAAAUGAUUAUGUCCAGACAUAUUUGUAAUAUAGUAUUUAGACUCAAAUAAAAACACGUGGAACUAGUAACGAAGGGCCAUAUUAUAGAAUGUGGGGUGAUUAAAUUUAUAUAUAAAUAUACGCACUCACUUUACACACAUAUACGCGACACAUAUAUCACAUAAAAUAUUAUAAUAUUCAACACCUCUCCGAUCAGACAUUUAGUAAACAUUAAAAUUUUCACAUAUCGAACACCUAAUGAUGACUUCAUCUAUA